AUAAACUGCUGGCGCUCUGUGUGACGUUGCAUCAUGUUUACGCCAAUGAGUUAACGACACGGAGGUUCGACAAAGGUGGGAGGAACUCUGUCUACUGGUGACACCCAUAGCACCUUGGGAAAUAAAAGAAGUCCAACGGUAAAAUUCCAAGAUGGCAAAGAGCUACUGCACACGCCAUCUCCGAAGUUUUGGCAUUGUCCUCUGCAUGCACAUCAGCAUGAUGCUUUGGACGGGCCUCACUAAAGCGCUAGGGGUGAUGUUACCUACUCUUCGUGAGCAAUUUUCAGCAGACACGUGGAUAAUUGGCGGCUUGAUAGCAGCCGUGAGUGCUACGGCAGGUUUUGCUGGUCCUCUGUCCGGGCCGCUGGAUGGUACUUUCGGAACUCGUACUGCGGUCGUAACUAGUGGUCUUCUCAGUGGAGUGUCUCUGAUUCUCUCGUCUUUCUCAACCCAUAUUUUCCACAUCGCAUUAAUAUUAUGUUUCCUGGCAGGACCUGCUUUGUUUAUCACCUCUAUUUUGACAAGGGCAAUGGCUGGACGUCAUUUCACCACAGGCUACGCCAUGGCUAUUGGUAUUGGGAGCUCAGGCCACGCACUAGCCAUGAUGAUCAUAGGGCCAUUGACUCAAGUUUUUUUAGAUGUCUAUGGCUGGCGAAGUACCUUCCAACUGUUAGGAGCUAUCAGCCUGCACCUUUGGGCGUUUGCAUUCCUGCUAAGAUCGCCACCAAACCCUGCACAGGCACGGAACGAAUACCUACCAAUCGCCUUCAGUGAAGAGAGGGAGUUGUCUACCAACGAAUUGAGAAGCCUCGACGCUGAGAAGAGAUCAUGUCUCCGCAGUCUGAAGGGCGCCAUCAAAGCGGUGACGAAUCAAUUUGGAUGCUCAGUUUGUGGCCGAGCCGAGUUCUGGAUUGCAUUUCCCGUUUUUGGGUGUGACUCCUUUGCGAUAGAUAUGUGGCUGAUGUACUUCGUUGCCUAUGCCAAUACGAAAGGUUUUUCAGGAUAUGAGGCUGUAACUUUCACUUUAGCCGGAGGAAUAGGAAACAUCGUUUCCAAGAUCAUCUUUGGCCUGAUUUUAGACCAAGGGCUUUUACAAUUGCGGCUUAGUCUCUUUGUUACGAUCAUUGCGAGUUCUUUAUCUUUACUGUUACUUCCCUGGAUGAAUACAUACUGGAUGAUGAUGAUCAAUGCCUUUCUCUAUCACGGCCUGAGUGGAAUUGUAACAACACUGAGUGACAUUUACACCCGUGAUCUGCUUGGAGCUGAAGAUUUAGUUCCCGCUUUUAGUUGGAUUGGUGUUUUCACGGCAGCCCUUGUUCUAGCCUUUGGAAUUUUUCCGGGUUUGAUGUUUGACAAAACUGGAAGCUACGACCUGGCGUUUGUCAUCUUGGGAUGUGUGGCAAGCCUGCCCUUGGUGUCGCUGUUUGCAGAAGUGCUGUUAAAUCGACGGAGGGAGAGAUCGCUUUGAAUGUCCAUAACGUCCAAAACAUUAACCCUAACUCCCAAGGGUGUAUAUAAAAUCGUACGGAGAUUGGAAGAAUUGGGACUGUUAGGUUAAUGUGCACAUUUAGUCCGACGUUUCAUAAUGUCGUUAUUAUGCCUAUCUUAUUGAAUAGUAAAAUAGAAGGGGAAGGAGAAAUCUUUUAUUUUGACCACCACUGUGCCUAUUUUCUGGUGACAUUGGAAGUAUCUUGUACGCUUUCUUCGACGAUUUUCCGUGAAUUAAUUCAUUGCUUUAGGAAAUAAAAGCAGAAAACCUUGAAAACUGAGACCACAUUUUCCCGAAAAUCCUCCGUUUCAUACCCUUUAUGAACAACCUGGUGAAACGAGGACCCCCGGCUGCUUCUAAAAACAUCAAAGUUAUACGAGAUACAAUUUGUAACAUAUGGUAUAAAAUACCAAUAUAUCAUGGAUUGUGGGCAGUAAACCAUUAUUGGAUGUUAAUUUUACACUGUUCUAUUUUUAUGUUUGUUCUUUUUAAUCACGCGUAAAUACUGUAGUGCGGACAUUUUCCAGCUAUAUGGCCUCCCAUAUCAGAAAAAGUCUACUAGAACGAUUUUCAAUUUCGCAUCUUGGACAUUGCCGGGCCCAUUCCUAUUCCUGUUCUGAAUUUUAUGACGUCAGGAGUUGAA